CGCUGGGGUCGGGGGGGCAGGGCGGCGAAGGGGAACCCUCCGCUGGAGACCUGCCAGGGCCGCCGAGGAAGGGGAGCAGCAGCCAGGGCAGGAGGCGGCGGCUGCGCUGCAGAAUAGCGGGAGCCCUCGCCCCCCUGCGUAAGGGAAGAGAGAGAGAAGAGCCGCUGCUGUCACUGCUCCAGCCACUCAGCCUGAAGAUGGCUGCUUCUUCCUCCUGCAAUGUGGAAGAAGAUGAGAGUCUGAAGGGAUGUGAGCUUUAUGUUCAGAAGCAUAACAUCCAACAGAUUUUGAAAGAGUGCAUUGUAAACCUUUGCAUCGCAAAACCAGACCGGCCAAUGAAGUUCCUCAGAGAACAUUUUGAAAAAUUAGAAAAGGAAGAAUGCAAACAAAUAUUGGCUCGGCAGAAAUCUAAUUCCCAGUCAGAUUCUCAUGAUGAUGAGAUUUCUCCUCCUCCUCCAAACCCGGUGGUGAAAGCUCGACGCAGAAGGGGAGGUGUCAGUGCUGAGGUGUACACUGAGGAAGAUGCUGUUUCUUAUGUUAGAAAGGUUAUUCCGAAGGACUAUAAAACAAUGACUGCUCUGGCAAAAGCCAUCUCCAAGAAUGUGCUCUUUGCUCACCUUGAUGACAAUGAGAGAAGUGACAUAUUUGAUGCCAUGUUCCCCGUUAUGCACAUUGCUGGAGAAACGGUCAUACAGCAGGGUGACGAAGGAGACAACUUCUAUGUAAUUGAUCAAGGAGAAGUGGAUGUUUAUGUAAAUGGAGAAUGGGUUACCAGCAUUGGAGAAGGAGGCAGCUUUGGGGAGCUUGCCUUGAUCUAUGGAACACCAAGAGCUGCCACUGUCAAGGCCAAGACAGACCUCAAACUUUGGGGCAUCGACAGGGACAGCUACAGACGCAUUUUAAUGGGCAGCACACUGAGAAAGAGAAAGAUGUAUGAAGAAUUCCUGAGCAAGGUCUCCAUUUUAGAAUCAUUGGACAAAUGGGAACGCCUUACAGUAGCGGAUGCACUAGAACCUGUCCAGUUUGAAGAUGGAGAAAAAAUUGUUGUGCAGGGAGAGCCAGGGGAUGACUUUUUCAUCAUCACAGAAGGCACAGCUUCUGUUCUUCAGCGCAGAUCUGAUAAUGAGGAGUAUGUAGAAGUUGGAAGACUUGGUCCAUCGGAUUAUUUUGGUGAGAUAGCACUGUUGCUCAAUCGUCCCAGGGCAGCCACUGUAGUGGCACGUGGGCCACUGAAGUGUGUAAAGCUGGAUCGUCCUCGCUUUGAACGAGUGCUUGGUCCUUGUUCUGAAAUCCUGAAGAGAAACAUUCAGAGAUACAACAGUUUCAUUUCUCUUACCGUCUAAGCUAUUCCAUUGGGAAUGCUGCCUUUGUGUGACCCUGUGCACUUAAAUUUGACCUGUGCAGCUCAAUAGCUUUAUGAAGAGAAAAAAAGUGUGCAUUUAAUGUGUCUUUUUCUGUCUAUGUCUGAUGCACUGGAUAUAAAGUCAGAUGUUAUGUAUCAUUAAAGUAGGACGAAAACCAUUUGGAUAAGACUAGCUGUUAGAAUUGUUUAUGAAUGGAUGGGUUUUCGGCUUCCAGGUAAAAUUGCUAUGUGUUACCCUGUAAAAUACUUUCAUUGUGCAUUUUAGCAACUUAAAAAUACAUCUGAGUCUCUAUUUCUCCAUUUAUUUUAGCUCAGUCUCCUGAAAGUUAGUCCUAUCCAUCUUCUGUCAAACUUUUUAAAUGAAUAUACAUCCCCCUCUGCCCUUCAGUUUAAAAUCCUCUUCACUUGUUAUGGGAAGUUUACAAAACACCACAUGACAAAGGAGAGUUGCACAAUUUGAGGGGGAAGGCAAGAGGAAGAUUUUGAUCAUUCCAAUACUCCAAGAAAGAGUAGAACUUUGGAUCAUUUUGUCUGUUAAACCUACUGGGCCAGAUUUGUCCUUGAUGCAAAUUCUUUGAAGGCAGUAGAGUUACACCAGGGAUAAAUUUGGCCAUGCUCCAAUUCAAUUUUGAAAGUGAAGAUUUCAAGGUGUUUGGGAGAUUUUUUUGUAAGCAUGUAAGUGUAGCCAUUAGUUCCCAAAGUGGGUUGCCCUGAUCCUUUUUAACUAAGAGCCGAAGCCAAAGCCAAAGCCCACUGAUUGCAAUAGGAGCUUUUCCAUUGACUUUAGUAGGCUUUAGAUCAGGUCCUAAGACUUUUGAAGCAUCAUUCUGUACACCAGAAUAUCAUCAGCAGCUUUUUCUGACUAGUAUAUAAAAAGCUUGAGCAAUCACGCUAGAAAGCACAUCAAAGAUAUUCAACGGCAGUUUGGUAUGAAAAUAUUUUACAUAUAGGCCAUUUACUGCAGUUAAAAUACCUUUGCUUUUGUAUAUGAUCGAGGUGUUUUGAAAGCCAGACAUAUACUUUCAAAGGAAUCAUCCCUGAAUAUACUAUGCUGCCUCUCGUCAAAAAGACGAGCACUGUGCAAGAGACUAGUCAGGCCCUGAUCCUGCAAUGAACGGCAUGUGCUUGGACCCCUGCCCCUGGGCACAGCCCCACUGACUUUGUUGUGGCUCUGCACAGGCACAGGAACCUUCUUGUGUAGGGCUUUCUGCAGAACCAGGCCGUAGCCUGCUGUGCAGCUAAGGUGACCAGACAGCAAGUGUGAAAAAUCGGGAUGGGGGUGGGGGUGGGGGGGUAAUAGGAACCUAUAUAAGAAAAAGACCCAAAAAUCGGGACAGUCCCUGUAAAAUCGGAACAUUUGGUCACCUUAUGUGCAGCCCUCCAAGAUUUGAACAUUUUAAAUCAUUCCUUUGGGGAAUUUUUCCAUUGGAGGAAAACUCAGUUUGAUCACUGUAGCAAAGUGUGCAUCCAACUACCGUAAAUACACCUUUUGGUGAUGGUAAAGCCAUAUUUCUCUGUUUAUUAAAGCAUCCUCCUAUUUGAUGACAGUAAGAAUUUUUAAUAUCUUUCCUUCCUUAUAUGCUGAAAUUACAAAUUAAACAAGGCAGACAGAACCUUUUUUAAAUCAAAGGGGCUAGUCAAGAAUAUGGCUAAAUUAACUAAAACUGAAAAAGUUCAUUAUGCUCUUUUAACCUAAAUUAACAAUUCCUUUUGGAAUUUUCCCACCAAGAAAACUCCUGGGGCUCAAUACUACAGCCCUCAGAGUAAUCUUCGCGGAGCUACAUAAAUCCACGGACUUCAGGAUCAGGCCUAUCAUAAUUUCAAGCUAUUUAAUUUAUUUAGUGAUCCCAGUAAUCUCUAUUUAUUACUAUUAUUUAUUAUGAGUGUUAUACUUCUUGCAUGGAUUAUUAAAUGUGACCAUUUGUUUUCCAACUUGCAAUUUCAUGACAAAACAUUUAUAUAGACAAAAAUCUGCCAGACACGUACGUUCAUGUAAAAAACUCAUUCUUUGCUUAACCAUUUUUGUAUUUUCCUAUUCUGUGCAAUUUAAAAAAAAAACAUAAAGGUUACCGCUCACUCAUGUAUGCUCUUUUAUCUCUUGCGUUUCUGCUGCUGUAUUGGUAAAAUUUUGUGAGUGUUUGGCAUAAAAUGCAAGAAACAUUUCAGCAUUACUUAAACAUUGAGUGUAUUAAUCUCACUGCUGAGAGUUAAACAUACACACAUACAAAACCGAUACUUUGCUAUGAACUUUUAAAGAUAAUGAAAACCCGAUUUGAAUUACAAUUCUGUUGUAAAUAGUCUGAAAAGACAUGUAACCAUCUAACAGCAGAAUUCCUUUGAUGUAAGGGGAACAGUCUAUUCCAUUUUAAAGAUUAUUGUAAUAUUUGAUAUGGAUGAUGCAACAGAGUUAUGGUAUGAAUAAAAUUCUUGUACGUAA